AUGGAGGGCCCAGUCGCCAAUGCCAGCACGCGCCUCUACUACCCUCUCGAGGCCAAUGCCGAAAACCACGUCGCCAACACCAUGGACGCGCCUGUCCUGCUCUUCAUCUUUGCCUCGGGCUGUGCUGCGAUCCUGGCGGCCACGUACGUGAUUGCGAAACGAACCCGUCCGACCAUUUGCCAUGGUGGAAUUGCCAUUGCCUUUUGGUGGGUGCUAUGCGGCUUCAUCCACUCCUUUUUCGAGGGCUACUUUGCCUACAACCACUCCGACAUCGUCAGAAGGUCCGAUCUCUUCGCCCAGCUCUGGAAGGAGUACUCGCUCUCGGAUUCGCGAUACAUGACGCGCGAUGCCUUCACCGUGUGCAUGGAGACGGUGACGGCCAUGUUCUGGGGCCCCGGCUCGUUCUUCGUCGCAUACGCCUUCCUGACGGAUCAUCCUCUGAGAUACCCUGCCCAGCUGGUGGUGAGCUUGGGCCAGCUGUACGGUGACGUGCUGUACUACGCCAUCUACUGGUACGAGGAGUCGGUGAACGGGACUGUGUACUGCCGCCCGGAGAGAUACUACUACUGGGCGUAUUUUGUGCUGUGCAAUGCGUUCUGGAUAGUGAUUCCCCUGGCGAUGAUUUGGCAGAGUGUGUGGGCGAUAGGACGGGUGUUUGAGAAGAGCAAGCAGGCGGCGGACGGGUCUGCCAAGAAGUUGCAGUGA